ACCGUUUAGCCUAAAUAAACCGAGAGGAGGGGCUUGUGAGGGCCAGAGAGGGCCAGCUUUCAUUCUGAGAGAGACUCAAGCGCGCAGCAGUCAAAUGACACGAGUAAACAGCACGGACACCCGUAACUGAACGACCCUCUGCAUGCACCCGAAUCAGCAGCAUGCCUCUGUUGAAGACUGACAUUUUCAGAUGAGAAACGAUUAUGCGUCUGUGAACCUUUAAUUACCUGAAAGACAACUUUUUAUCACUUUUUUUUGUCAUCCUGCUUAGCUUGAUAAAGUUGUGGAUAAGUAAAUAAACAGAAGCUGCGCUCCACAGACAUGGAGGAGAUGAAAUCGAGAGGAUCGUCGCAGUCCAGUCGAGGAAGGACUUGUGUUGAGCAUCCCUGCCAAAAGCGCAUUUGGACAAACCGCAAGGACCUGUGCGGUAUAUGCGCGUGCAUCGCACUGUCUUUUAUCUCGUUUGGAUUUUGCGUGUUGCUUUACCUGAGGACGUCCGAUCUGCAAUCCAGGCUGCUCAGUUUGGAACAGCAAAAAGAUCCUGGGAUGUCGAGCUGGAUCUCUCUCGAGCAGGUGGAGCCCGUCCUCUGGAGUCGACUAGAUCAGAUUUUAGAUGAGAAAUUAGCACAGCGUCUACCGAAGAUCCGGGCGGCCCGAGAUGCACCCCACAGCUGCCUCUGUCCUCCAGGACCACCUGGUUUGAAGGGAAAGAAGGGUCGUGAUGGGGCUUCAGGACCUCCCGUAAGUACACAUGGUGCCUCUGUUGACCGGAUUGUGGGAGCACCAGGGGAGCCGGGUCUGUCUAUCAUUGGCCCACGAGGACCUCCUGGACAACCUGGUACUAGAGGAUUUCCAGGUUUUCCGGGUCCUAUCGGCAUGGAUGGGAAACCUGGACAGAACGGCCCAAAAGGCGAUAUGGGUGCUCGUGGUCCUAAAGGAGUUCCAGGUGACCCUGGUCCAAAAGGAGAGAAGGGUGUAUGUGGUGACUAUACUCACAGGCAGAUGUUGCCCAUCACCGUGCGCAACAUGCCCUCAAUAAGCCCUCUAAUCCUAAAGCGCCUCAAGCAGGGCGAGCCUGGAGCACAGGGACCACCGGGGCCUCCUGGACCCCCAGGGCCUGCAGGAAGUCCUGGCCUUACUGGCGCUAAUGGGCCCCCUGGUAAACCCGGAGAACCCGGGAAACCUGGAAAGGACCCAAGAAUGCUACCAGGGCUGAAGGGUGAACCUGGUGUACCUGGACAAAAGGGUGAUCGUGGUGAGGUGGGUCCAAGUGGACCUGAAGGCCCCAAGGGUGUUAAAGGAGAUGAUGGCGAGAAGGGAGAGCAAGGAUUGAAUGGGCAAACGGGAGAAAAAGGAGAAAAGGGCGAGCUAGGAAUGCCUGGGAAACAAGGAGUAAAGGGAGAGUCUGGUUUUCCAGGCAUCCCUGGUCAAAAGGGUCAGGCGGGUGUUGCUGGUAUCCCUGGGAAGCGGGGCUACAAGGGAGAGAAAGGUGAGCCCAGUGCUGCAGGAGCUGGCAUUAAAGGUGAACCAGGCACCCCAGGACUGCCAGGACCAGCUGGACCCAAGGGUGAGAAAGGUGAUCAAGGCAUAAAGGGUGAACUUGGCCUGGAAGGUCCAUCUGGACCAAGGGGUCCACCAGGUCCGACAGGGGAGCCAGGAAAGACUUUGAUCAACAACAAUGAGAAUGAUAUUCGUAAUGUGCAUUCAAUGGGUCCUCCUGGUCUACCAGGGCCUCCAGGACCUCCAGGGACUCCGGGCUUGAAGGGUGAUGUUGGACUGCCAGGUCCCCCUGGUCUUGAUGGGGAAAAGGGUCCACGAGGAAAACCAGGAGAACAUGGACCCAUUGGCCCUCCCGGACCAGAAGGGCCACGAGGAGAGGGAGGAGUCAUGGGCUUCCCAGGGCCAAAAGGAGACAAGGGAGACAUGGGCCCAUCUGGAUCACCUGGUUUAGAUGGCCCUACUGGAGAAAAGGGUGUUUCAGGGCCACCUGGCUCUAUUGGAUUGCCAGGCCCAAUGGGUCAGAAAGGUGAACCUGGGGAGAAAGGCGACAAAUCAGAGCUGGUUUAUGGGCCUGCUGGACCUCCAGGACCUGCUGGGCCAGUUGGGCCAAUGGGGCCUCCAGGUUUGUUAGGACCAAAGGGAGAGCCAGGAGUCGGUCUAAGAGGAGAGAAGGGAUCACUUGGACAGAAAGGAGAUAAAGGAGACAGGGGCCAUCUUGGACUUCCUGGGGCUCAUGGUUUAGACGGCAGACCUGGUCCAGUGGGUCUGAUAGGACCGGCUGGAGUCCCUGGCCCUGCGGGACCAAAAGGAGAAAUGGGGGAAAAGGGAGAUAUGGGAGUACCAGGACCAAUUGGGCCUCAAGGCAUCCCUGGUUUAGUAGGACCACUGGGAUUAAAAGGAAACCGGGGUUUCCGAGGCUUUAAAGGGGAGAAAGGUGAACCGGGGCUGCCAGGCCUGGACGGGCUGGAUGCCCCGUGUGCUGUGGGCGAUGAUGGUCUGCCAGUACCAGGGUGUUGGAAUAAAGGUCAGAAUCCGUUCCAACUAGCCAAGAAGUAACACUGCCACGAGAUCCAUGUGAUCUGAAGAUUUUCCUUCACAAAGCGACACAAAAACUUUUUAGAAGAGUUUUGGGGAGAUCUUUGAGUUUGGGCUGCUCUGUGGUGUCUGUUUGAGGGAUUGUUUUUGCCUGUCCAACCGACCUGUAGUAGAGGGAUUCAUGGGGCAGCAGACGUGAGAGGACUGAUAUUGACUAGACUUCCAAGAAAUCGUCACCUCCCAUGCUAUUCAUUUCUGUUGUCACAGAAAAGGCAAAGAUGCAGAAGUAGCCUGUUUCUCCGAGUUUUACACACUUCUUUCUCUUUAUGUUAUUCACUAUGUGAAAAUAACAUUUUAGCACAUUUUAUUUCUUGUUAGUUUAAAUGAUUUCUAACGUCUGUGAUCAGAGGAUUCAGCGCAGCUCAUUGAACACAUGCACGCCACCUGAACAAACCAAAGAAAAAGACGAAAACCUUUGAUGAUUCCUAAUUCAAACUUUCACUGCCUUCUGAUGAGAGUUGCGUGUAAAAUGCAAUCUCACAAACAGUACAUUUCUACUCAUAUAUGAUAUUUAUGAAGUAUGUAAAUAAUGAUCCAGUGUGAGCACAGUGCAGUGCUUUGUUAUGUGGCAUAUAGGUAUAGAUUAAGCCUAAUAUUAAUAUUUAUUAUUAUUAUCAAAAAAGAAACUUUAAAGUCAACAACACAGCAAAGAUCAAAAAUAUUGUUCAAUGCAAUUUAAGAUAAUUUUUAUAGAAGUUGGCAAUAAAAGUUUUUUAUAGGCUAAGUGAAAUUUAAAAACUAUUUUUAACAUGGGCAUUGUUGUUGCAACGUCUCACUACUGUAAAUAGCUUAAACAUGCAAAUGUUGCCAUAAUCUGUGUAUUUUGCAAAACCCUACAGUAGUCAUAAAGUAAAGCUGUACACUUGAUGUAGGGCAGCUAAAAAUACAUUUUAAUUCACUGUAGUUUUAAAAGGUUUUUUGGUUUAGCACAUGUGUAACUUUCAGAUGACAAGGGCUGAGCAGACCCGUGUUGCAAAUCUCUUUACUAAAGCUUUGGACAGUUGGUCAGCUAGUUUAUUUUUGGUUGUCCAAUAUGAAAGUUAUUAUUAUCAGAUCCACAUCAUACACUCACAGACACAGUACUGCUAUGGAGUGACGUUACCACACCAGGAUCAGAAUAGAAAAUUUGUUUUUCGUUUAAAAUAUUUAAUUUUCUUUAUCGUGAUCUGGUUCUAUAAAAAGUAAAGAUGUGGUGUCGUAUGUACAGAACUAGCAGCUACUGUUUGUUCUUUUGUUUUCUUUUUCAUUUAAUACCUAAUGCAAGCAUUCCUUGUGUUUUUGACACCUGUUUUCAUCCAAAUGUUAAUAAGACUUGUGUAUAUUAUAAACCUAAUGGAAAUGUAGUGUAGUUUUUUUAAUCUUCCAAGUUUAAAUAUAUGUUAAGGUUUACUUUUCAGUUUGAAGUCAUUCAAACCUGAAAAAGUUGAAUGGAGGUCAUGGGUUUAAUCUGAAUUAAUAUUGAAGCUAAUUUAUUUAACGUACUACAAUGUACUACAAAUAUGAAACUGCGAUUAUUGGACUAUAAAGAAAACAUUAUUGAAGGCAUUCAAAUUUAUGCAAAAUAUGGCAUUAAUUAAUGUAAUUUUUGAAUGUAAUUAUUUGUUGCAAAUAUUUGAUAAUUUUUUAACCACUGGCACAUAACACAAUGCUAAUUAUACAGUACAAUGCUCAGAAGAUGAAUUCAAUCUUACUCACUCUGUAUUAUAAUAGCAUUUGGGUCUUUUAUCAAAUUUGGGGCAUGUUAUGAAGUGAUUUACUUUUCUUGUAUGCACGAGUCAGUGUGUAAUUUUGCACAUAAAAAGUGUGACUUAUUCAUUUCUUGAAGAAGAAUAUCAUAUUUGUACUGUACACAGAACAAUUCCCUUAGACAAAAUAUUACGUUUUGAUCUUGUGCUUCUUUGUACAGUGUACACUUUAGGAAAUAUGUCAUCCUGAUACAAAUAUGUGACCCAGGACCACAACACCAGUCAUAAGGGUCCAUUUUAAUUGAAUUAUCCGAAAGUUGAAUAUAUAAGCUUUCCAUCGAUGUAUGGUUUGUUAGGAUAGGACAACAUUUGAGAUACAACUAUAUCAAAAUAUUGAGCAAAUCAAUUUUAAAAGUUGUCCAAAUAAAGUCAUCUGCAACUGUAUUUACGCACAAAAAAUAAAGUUAUUGAUAUAUUUACAGUAGGAAAUGUACAAAAUAUCUUCAUGGAACAUCAUAAUCUUUACAUGAUAUCCUAAUAAUUAUUGGCAAAAAAUAAAAAUCAAUAACGUAUUUUUGGCUUUUGCUGGUUCUGUUGUCCAGGGUCACAUAUCUUCAAAUUUGUGACACAACAUUAUAUGUCCAAAUGAAGUCAUCUUUUUUGUUUCUGGACUUAUUUUGUAAUAUUUUCUGUUUAUUUAAAUUUGAUGGGGAGUACUGUACACUUUCAAAACGGCUGUUAAGUCCAGAACCAAACUUGCCAGUUAUGUAUAAUCCUUGAUGCCAGUUGGAUCAUUCUGAUCUUUAUAUCACUCACUGCCUGUGUGAGCAUUGCUGACCUUUGUGAAAAGUUCAGACUAAGUUCACCUACUGCUCACUUUAUAACACAUUUAUUUAUUUAUUUUUUGUUCAUUUACAAUAGGUGUCUGUUUGACCAUGAACACAUAUAUGGUUUGUAUCAUAUCUUUAACAUUGAUGUUGUUGUUAUAAAGUUUUAUGUCAUUGUAAAUUGAUCAGAGGGCAUUUAUUUGGGUGCUUUUACAGCAAGUGCAAAGGCACAAAACAUUGCAUCCACCUGUAUAUUAAGGCAUACUGUAAAGCAUGCACCGACUUCUGUACAUUUAAGGUGAUAGUCCGACUAUUACAGUAUGUUGACUAAAAGGCUUUUUGGAAUACAUUUACCUUUUCCUUCUUUCCUUGUCUUUGGUUUUAAGUUCAAGCAUUGAGUUAAGAUGUCAAGUUGUUGUUUAUUAUGUAAAAUCCUGGGUUAUUUUCAAUUCAAAAAGGAACCCGAUGGGUUUAACCUUUGUUGGGGUUCCAAUUGGGUCAAAUAUAAACUUUUUGGGGGUAUGAUUAAUAA